AUGAUUGUCGUUCCGACAGGUUCAGUAUCAAUUCAUGUUUCAGUGGUCCAACAUGGAUGUUGUCAAUCUGGUUUUGAUUUGACAUAUCCUCCUCAGUUAAAUGGAAUAAUUUCUCAAGUUGAAUAUCAAGAAUCUAUUCAAAAUAUUAAUAAUGCAUUUGCUUCAAAGCUAGUUAUGCUUUUUUCAUUUCUUGUAUUACUUAUUUGUAUAAUUGCUGGAGUUGCUUUGAUUAUUAUUGGUGGAUUAACUGCAUCUGCUUCUCAUAGUUCUGGCUUUUCAGUUCUAAUGGGUAUCGGUAUAGGUGUGCUUAUUGGCAGUUUUUUAAUUGCAAUAAUUAUUAACGUUAUUCUACAAUAUCGAGAAAGACUUAAUUUACGAAGAACAAUUGCUACUGAAUCAAUGAAAUAUACAUCCAAAUCUCCAAUACCAAGUAGUUGGAGACUACAUACUAGACGAGUUUAUAGACGAGGAAAUGGGCGUAGUCGAACAAGUACACUGAUUUAUACAUUAAUUAUUGAUCUCGGAAAUCCCAGUCCAUCAAAUGUUAGCAAUAUCUCAUAUGGAUCUAAUCAAAUCUAUCCUUAUCCUCCACCAUCAGCUCCUCAAUAUAAUGUUCGACCUGCAGCAGCAUUUUGUUCUCAAUGUGGAAUCGCACGCCAAAAUCCUUCGAUGAAAUUUUGUUCAUCUUGUGGUCAAGCAUUUAAUAACUGA